AUGGGUCGGAUCGGCAGCGAUGGCGGCGGGUCGGCGGCAAUGGACCCGGUGCGCAGCUUCGAGCGCUGGAAGAAGAAGUACACCCGUCGGACGAAGAGGCUGCGGCUGCAGCGGAAGGAGAGGAAGCGGCCUGAAUGGCAGGUGGAGCGGGAGGGCAUCGGCCGCCUGGUGCAGCGCUACCCCGAGAUAAAUCCAAGUGAAAUUCAAAGAUUUUCAGAUUUUCCAUUGUCAAAGAAAACACUAAAAGGAUUGCAGGAAGCUCAGUAUCGCAUGGUAACGGAGAUACAGAGGCAAACCAUAGGCCUGGCUUUACAAGGCAAAGAUGUACUUGGAGCUGCAAAGACUGGAUCAGGGAAAACCUUGGCUUUUAUUGUCCCAGCUUUGGAACUCUUGUAUCGGCAUCAGUGGACUUCAGCAGAUGGACUGGGAGUUCUGAUAAUAUCACCCACCCGGGAACUGGCCUAUCAAACCUUUAAGGUUCUGCGUAAAGUUGGAAGGAAUCACGAGUUCUCAGCUGGCCUUAUCAUUGGAGGAAAGGAUCUGAAAGAAGAGUCUGAAAGAAUCCACAACAUAAAUAUACUAAUUUGCACUCCAGGACGGCUUCUACAGCACAUGGAUGAAACUUCGUAUUUCUACGCAUCUGAUCUGCAAAUGUUGAUUCUUGAUGAAGCUGACAGAAUUCUAGACAUGGGGUUUGCUGAUACAAUGAAUGCAAUCAUAGAAAAUCUGCCUAAGAAACGCCAGACCUUGCUUUUUUCUGCAACACAAACAAAAUCCGUGAAGGACCUUGCAAGACUGAGUCUGAAAGAUCCAGAAUAUGUCUGGGUUCAUGAGAAAGCCAAAUUCAGCACACCGGCAACUUUGGAUCAGAACUACGUUGUUUGUGAGCUUCAGCAAAAAGUAAACAUGUUAUAUUCUUUCCUGAGAAGUCACUUGAAAAAGAAGACCAUUGUGUUUUUUGCAAGCUGUAAAGAGGUCCAGUAUCUAUUCAGAGUGUUCUGUAAGCUUCAGCCUGGUCUUACUGUACUGGCCCUCCAUGGCAAGCAGCAUCAGAUGAAGAGAAUGGAAGUCUACACUUGUUUUGUUCGGAAAAAGGCAGCAGUACUUUUCGCUACAGAUAUUGCAGCUCGUGGCCUGGAUUUUCCAGCAGUGAACUGGGUCAUUCAGUUUGAUUGUCCAGAAGAUGCAAAUACAUACAUCCACAGAGUGGGAAGAACAGCCAGAUACAAAGAAGGUGGUGAAGCUUUGUUAGUAUUGCUUCCCUCAGAAGAAAAAGGCAUGGUGGAACAGCUGGCACAGAGGAAAGUACCUGUCACUGAAAUCAAAAUUAAUCCGGAAAAACUUGCAGACAUCCAAAAGAGGAUGCAAGCUUUCUUGGCUCAAGAUCAGGAGUUAAAAGAGAAAGCUCAAAGGUGUUUUGUAUCCUACCUGCGGUCAGUUUACUUAAUGAAGAAUAAGGAAGUAUUUGAUGUUUUCAAAUUACCUCUAGCAGAAUAUGCCCUAUCACUUGGCCUUGCAAUGGCACCUCGUGUGAGAUUUCUUCAAAAAGUUCAAAAACAGCUAUCUGUGAAUGAGGCAGCUGAUGGGACAGAUGACCUGAAGGAGAAGGAGCAAAAUACAGAUACCCUCUCCUCAAUAAACGAGGGAGGAGUGGAGAAGCACAGGACUAAUUUGAGUGGAAAAGUGACUGUUGUUAACAAAACAAUGGAAAAGGAGAGAAGGAAAGGAACUGAGGAAUGUUCUGCUUCCAGUGAAGCUGAGGAGAGUGGUGAGUCUGAGGAUGAAUCUAAAGAGUUAUCUGAGGAGGAGGACAAAGAAGUUCCUGUACCAAGUAGGGGACUAAACCCAGACACCACGCAGUUCUUUGAAGAUGAUGAUGACGAUGAUGAUGCUAAAGAUCUUGAUUUGCUGACAGUGAAACGACGGAAUGUUUUUGGUGUGGAAGAUAACCCAGCACUGAAUGCAUCAAAAUCAAAGACGAAGAAAAAACCUACUAAAACCCAAGAAGCCAAAAAAAUCUUGAAGAAGAAGUUUAAAGUCAACACAAAAAUAGUCUUUACUGAAGAUGGAGAGUUAGUGCAGCAGUGGCCACCUGUGCAGAAAUCCAGUUUGGUGAAAGCAGAUGAAGAAGAUGAUGGCACUGGUAUCAACUUAGAUAAAGCAAGAGAGAUACUGCAGGAAGAAGACAAAUUUGACAAAGAAGAAUACAGAAAGAAAGUAAAGGAAAAACAUAGGGAGAAAAGACUAAAAGAAAAAGCAGCAAGGAGAGAAGCCAGGAAUAAGAAUGCACAGGAUGAAGAAGAAACAGUGGCCUUUCUUGCUCACAGUGGAAGUGAAGAAGAGUUUGAUCCAAGUACUCUUCCAGAUCCUGAUAAACACAAAGAUUCUGAUGAAGAGCAGGAUUCAGAAAGUGAAGACAGCUCUAGUGAACUUGAGGAGAAGAGUGGAAGAAAGAAAAGAAGCUAUAGAAACAGUGCUGAAGUGGAAGAAAUACCACCAAAAAGAAAGAAGGCGAAAUUCAUCCAAGAGGAGGACCCUUAUUUGCCAUUAGAUACUGGGCUUUCUCUAGCAGAGGAUGAAGAACUCGUACUACAUCUGCUCAGCAGUCGCAGCUGAUUAUUUUUCUGCCCAUUCUCUUUUCUGGGACAUCUCCACAAUUUUGUCAAUAGUUUACACAAAAUGAAUUUGGCAUCUG